UGUGACCAGAGCCAGGGACAGAGAAACAUGGAGUCCAAGAUAGUCCAGCUGACGAGGAUGGAAUAUGCCAUGAAGUCCCUCAGCCUUCUCUACCCCAAGUCCCUCUCCAGGCAUGUGGCAGUGAGCACGUCGGUGGUGACCCAGCAGCUGCUGUCAGAGCCCACCCAGGAAACCCCCAGGGCCCAGCCCUACCGAGUAAGCACCGCAGACCGGAGUGUGCGCAAGGGCGUCACAGCACACAGUCUUGAGGACCUGCUCCACAAGGUUCGGGACAUCCUGAUGCUGGCAGACAAACCCUUCUUCCUGGUGCUGGAGGAAGACGGCACAACCGUAGAGACAGAAGACUAUUUCCGAGCUCUGGCAGGGGAUACAGUAUUCAUGGUCCUCCAGAAGGGGCAGAAAUGGCAGCCCCCAUCAGAACAGAGAUCAAGGUACCAACCCACCCUCUCCCAUAAGCCUGCCAAGAAGAUUGAUGUGGCCCGCAUAACCUUUGACCUGUACAAGCUGAACCCACAGGACUUCGUUGGCUGCCUGAAUGUGAAGGCAACUUUCUAUGACACAUACUCCCUUUCCUAUGAUCUCCAUUGCCACGGGGCCAAACGCAUCAUGAAGGAAGUUCUCCGCUGGGCCCUCUUCAGCAUGCAGGCCACAGGCCAUGUGCUGCUUGGCACCUCCUGUUACAUGCGGCAGCUCCUUGAUGCCACAGAGGAAGAGCAGCCCCCCAAAGGCAAGACCUCGUCCCUCAUCCCGACCUGUCUGAAGAUACUGCAGUGAAAUCCCAAGUCCUUGGAGGCCUUCCCCAGCCAAGGACUGGUUUGGGGACCCUAUGCUUAAUUGGUAGCGCCCGCAAGCUUGGCCACUUCUUAUCACUCCGCCCUCCCCAUACAGGACCAUGGGUGAGGAAGCAGAAGGAAGGGCUGGAAACCUGGGGUGGGCUGACCAAAGGAGAACUUCCUGUUCCUGGCAUGGCCCACCUCCUUCCUGCCCAGCAUAGCGCGGCUGACCCUGAUUGGUCUCCCAUAGGCUAUGGUAUGAAACCUGCCCCUCAGCAGUCUGUCUUCACAGGCUACACUUUCACAACACUCCCUACCCUUUAGCUCCUUGAUCUCAGAAUUCUCUUGAGCGAGCUGGCAAGCUCACCAGUGUAUGCUGUUAAGAGAGUUUACAAUAAAUUAUUUA